AGUCGUGACUCGUCGUUCUCUAGGGAGGGCGGAAUCGCCGGAUCGCGGCGUGUUUGGAGGGACUCGCAGUUUCGGGGUGUCCGCAGGUCUAGCAGGAGAGCGAAGGAGACGGAGCGCCCCGUGUCUGAUCGCGCUGCUAUGUGUUGCCCUUGUUUUCUGGGUGCUCGUCACUCGCAGUUAUGGUGAGCCCGGAGGAUGGACCCGGACGACGUGUCAGUGAGGGAGCAGAUCUUCCACAACAGGGUUCGCGAAAGCAUCAUCUGUACCCUACUCUUCACCUGCCUCUACAUCGUCUCCUACACGAUCAUCGCUCGCUUCAAGAAGAGCGCAGACUUUGCUACAGAUGACAGCGAAGAUGCGACUGUCAACAGAAUUGCGCUGUGGCUGUGCACCUUCACUCUGGCCGUGUCCGUGGGAGCGGUGCUGCUCCUGCCCUUCUCUAUCCUCUCCAAUGAGAUCCUGCUCUGCUUCCCCCAGAACUACUACAUCCAGUGGCUCAACGGCUCCCUCAUCCAUGGGCUCUGGAACCUGGUGUUCCUCUUCUCCAAUCUCUCCCUGGUCUUCUUGAUGCCGUUCGCCUACUUCUUCACUGAGUCCGAGGGGUUCACCGGAUCAAAGAAGGGUGUGAUGGCGCGGGUGUACGAGACCUCUGUGGUGCUGCUGCUCCUGACCCUGCUGGUGCUGGGGAUCGUGUGGGUGGCGUCGGCCAUCAUGGACAACAACGAUGCCAGCCGGGAGAGCCUGUACGACCUGUGGGAUUACUACCUGCCCUAUCUGUACUCCUGCAUCUCUCUGUUCGGAGUCCUGCUGCUGCUGUUGUGCACCCCGUUUGGACUCUCCCGCAUGUUCAGUGUCACAGGGCAGCUUCUCGUGAAGCCCAGGCUCCUGGAGGAUCUUGACGAAACCCUCGACUGCGUUGGCUUUGAGGAGACGGCUCUCUCCCGGAAACUCAGUGGGAACACGUCUUGUUGGAUAAACUUGAACGUGGAGGCGGUGAAGCAGCAGUUCCUCGCCAUCCAGGCCAGACGUAUCGCCCUGGAGAUGCGGAGGAGGGCGUCGCCAUGGCAACGCAAUCUGGGCUACCCGCUCGCCAUGCUGCUGUUACUGGCGUUGACGGGGGUGUCCGUGCUGAUUGUUUGUUUCCAUGUGUUGGAGUUGCUGAUCGAUGAGGCAGCCAUGCCCAGAGGAAUGGAGGACCCCGGCCUGGGAAAGGCCUCCUUCUCUGUGUUCGGGUCCUUCGGGGCAGCAGUGCAGGUCGUGCUCAUCUUCUACCUGAUGGUGGCCUCUGUGGUGGGGUUCUACAGCUCCCCUCUCUUCAUCAAACUGCUGCCCAAGAAGCAAGACACUGCAAUGACCAAGAUCAUUGGGAACUGCGUGUCACUGCUGGUCCUGAGCUCCGCCCUGCCCGUCUUCUCUCGAACUCUGGGGAUCACUCGCUUUGACCUGCUGGGAGAUUUUGGCCGGUUUAACUGGCUGGGGAAUUUCUACAUCGUCUUCCUGUACAACAUGCUGUUCGCUGGACUCGCCACCAUGUGCCUCGUCAAGAAGUUCACCUGGGCCGUGCAGGCUGAGCUCAUCAGGGCCUUCGGUCUUCACAAGCUGCCGCUGCCAGUAUCGCGAGCCAGGAAUUCCAUCAAACUCCUCUCGGCCAGUGGGCUUUUGAAGGUCCAGUAAUGUCACCAAAGACCUCCGUUACCUAGCAACAUCUCAUCUGAGCCAAGGACAGAUUGCUACAGAGUUGCCAAUCUGCCCGGACAUUUAUUUUUAUAUAAAAAAUAAAUAAUUCUUAUUUUGAGGAACAGAGGCAGUAGUAUCUUAACCAAUGAGAUUGGAGACAGAUGGUUGACCAAUCAUAUACUGGAGACUUGGACCAGUGCUGUUCAUUUUGGAAUCUGUUAAAUCUGCCUUACUAUUGGAGGAUUUUAGUCGUGAGAUCAGGAAGUGUUCAGUAAUCUUUGGGCAAAAGUUGAUGGAUUUAAGAGAAUGAAAGGACACCCACACAUGGGGACUUGUGCCUGUGUGAAACCAGCCUGAGCUCCCACCCCUAAUUGGAAUAACUGUCCUUUUGUGACACUAAAUGCUGGCCAUUCAACUACUGUUCAUGGGUGGGUGCUGGAUUCUCUACCAAACUCAAAAAUAGUAACAGACUUCUGGAAUGGGUUUCUACAGACUGCUCACACAAUCGUAUAUAAGCCCUGCUCCCACCAACCCCAAUUACUAUGCAGGCAGUCCAGACCUUGGUCAACCAGAAACUGCUGCAGCGCAUUAGAAACUACAUCAUCUGAGAGCUGUGUACCCAUGUGCAUUGCUCUAUGUACGUCAAGCUGCAGGGGUGCACUUGUUACUGGAGUGAGUGGGACGUGAUGCGACUUGUAGUUCAUUCCAUUCCUGUCUGGCAGCCCCAUGGACCAAGGUCACAAGAGGAGGGAAAGGGGGUGUUCAAAAAGAAUGCUGGAUUUUAGUUUCAAAGUGGAGGUGGACAAGGCUCUCUGAGAAACCGGGUCAGCCCCCAUGUUUCUCAACCUUUUAAAGAAAAAGUGGAAAUGAAGCGCUCUGAUUCUUUGCUUUCUGAUCCAAGCAGGGCCAGGCAUGCUGGAAACACGAUUUUUAAAAACUCUCAACUGGAUCCCAACCAAAACACUACAUUGUGUUUUGAUUUGAUAGACUAACCAUCGCCAUAGGAAAGAGCCAGUCCACCGGUCACAUGAACUGCCUGUGGCGGGUAUUAUUGGAUGGACAAUCUUGUGUGACCACUAAAACUGUGAAAUGUUUACAUUGACAAUGAGCAGUGCAAUACAGUAAAGGGGGGGGGGGGGGUAGACUGUGGCUAGUUUUGUGUAUAAUGUUUAGUUUUGUAUAUUUGUUUUUUUUCAGGUCUGUUCUUACUCUUGUGUGUGAUGCCUGCACUGGUGUUGUUGUUGAAUGCUGGUUACUGUGAAAGUGAUUUUUAAAACGGAACAGAAAAGCCGCUUGGCAGUUAUCUUUGUGUGUGACGUUUGCCAUAGUGCUGUGCCGCAGUCUUGAUUUUUACAGUGAGAGCCUUUAUUCAAAAACAUAACUUAAUUAUCUGUAUGUGUCCAAUUUAGAAGCAACACUAAUCAGUUGUGGCACUAAGCUGGUUUUAGUUAAUGUUUUGUGUGCAAACUGCUUCACUACAGAGCAGACAUUUGUUAGUUUAGCAGUUUGUUUACAGUAUCCAAAGUAGUUUUUAGCUGGAGGUAGAAACACAAAUUACCUUCCAAUACUCGUUAAUGAGAUCAAGUCUUUUUAGUAAAUAUUUAUUUAUUAAACAACCAGCAAUAAGUUAGGAGUGAUAUUUAAUCAAAAAAGGAAUUGCAGCCUUGCACGUACAGUCGGGGUAAAUAUUGUAUUUGUUACGAUACAAGAAAACUUUGAUUUGUUAUUGAGUAUCAAAACGUCAAUAUCUUGGUAUAUCUCUGGCAGGAUUGUUGGUAACCAAGGUGGCAUUGCUUCAUGGCAACACAAAGGGCAGUCAGCGUGUGUGCGUGUGCAUCUCUGCUUGUGUCCGUCUCAACUCUGCCCAGGAAAGGGACACACAUUUUUUCCAAAUAAAGUCUUGGAGUUUUUAUUGUA